ACUUCAGUAGGCGAUCAAACAUCGCGCUGUGGACACGAUUGAGAGGUUGGUGAAAGCGUCGUGCGCGGUCUAUGCCGCAAAGCUUCAAGUGCUCGCCUGCUGCGGGGGAACUCUUACAUAGUUCGCAAGCGGCGGCCAGCGUUGGCGACGAACGGAAGGUGCCGCUUCCGACGGAUGGUGACGUCACGCGCUGGGUGCUUCAUACGUCACGCUAGUCGCCAUUGGCGUUCGCUGGCCCGCUCGGGGUUUAGUGUGUGUUGUGAUAACAAGCGUGGUUCAGUAGGCCACCUGCCAACGAUCAGAGCGUCAGAUUUAGUCACAUAAAGCGCAUUCCAGCUUUACACGCGGUGACGUCUUAGAAGAAUGUGGCAGUGAGCGAGAGCCUGAGAUAGCGCGUUGACUCACCAACACAGUGUCCUGACGCGAAGCAAGAUCCUCCCGUUAGUGGGCCAGACCUUGGCCUAUUUGUCGGCCCACUAUCGGUAGAAAUAAUCGAGACGGCGACUGAUAGAAGUUAUCGGGUUGUGGAAUGCAGAUAAUCUCUUGCACGUGGGCCAAGGGAAGGUUGAGGCGGUGACAGAGAGACACGGUCUUGCGUCGUGAUAAGCCGAUUAGUUGCUUGCCAGCGAACUGCGUCUGACUGGUGGUGCGGCCGUCUUCCGCAGUCUCAGAGCGAGGGUUCCCCGUCUGCCGGCAGUGCUGUCGCGCAGUCUCUCACGACGAAGUGAACAGUGCAACUGUGUUCUUUAGUGAUACCCUGUGGUGUUAGUCCCAUCGAGAACGCGAGGGAAGACUCGGUCAGUACGGCGUUUGGCGCUCAGGAAAUGGACCGCGCUUGCGGUCAGAAGGCGCAGCAGGUGUAGGGUGGGGCAGUGAGCCGGUGCCUUCGUCGCCACUGCGAGUGCUCGCGGACCUGCGACAUGGCGGCGGGCGUGCUGUGCGCCGCGGCGCUACUGCUCGUGACGUCGACGGGCGCGUUCAGCUUCCUGAACGACCAGGAGGCGCUGCUGGCGGUGGAGCUCGCGGAGAGCGACUACGUCGACAUGUGCCCCGACCACGCCAACGCCACGUGGGCCUGGCUGCUAAAUCCUUCCCGCCACAACCUCAAGCUCAAGCUGCAGGCGGACGAGGACCUGGCGCAGGCGCAGCGCUCCAACUCUGACUCCCUGCGCGAGUUCUCCGAGCCGGCCUCGCUGGAGGACGCGGGCCUCCGGGAACGCGUGCUGCUCGCCUCCAGCCCCGGCGCCGCCGCGCUGCCGCUGCCCGACUACCGCAAGGUGGUACAGUUCGCGGCCCGCAGCCUGAAUGUGACGCGGUCGCAGUCCAUCCCCUGCUACAACGACUCGCUCCCCUGCCGCUGGGACUGGCACAAGUCGGGGCGGGUGCUGGCGAGCAGCCACGACCCGUACCGGGCGCACCACGCGUGGCUGCAGUGGCACCACCUGUUCGCACCCCAGGCCGCCGACUUCCACGGGCAGCUGGAGCUGCUGCAGAGGGCCGCCGAGGGCAACGGAGCCAACGACAUCUGGGAAUACUGGGAGCUGAUGACGGACUACCCGGAGACUGGGAAGAAUGCGAGCUCCUUGUGGGCGGGAGAGCUGCAGCGGCUGUACGGAGACCUGCGGCAGUUCGUGCUGGCUCGGCUGCGCUUCCAGUACGGCCCUGACAUGGUGGGCGACGACGACCUGCUGCCGCUCCACCUACUGGGUUCAUUUGUUGGAGAUGAUUGGCUGAGGAUAGCAGAUUUGGUGACUCCGCCAUUCGAUGAAGCCUACAAGAAUCUUAGCAAUUCAUUAAGGAAGAAGAGUUGGAAGGGGCAGCACUUGUACGGGGUAGCAGCAGGGGUCGGAAGCAAGAUGGGGCUGCCGUCGCUGAAGAAGUCUCUGUUCUGGGAGAACGCCCACUUCAACGGCAGCUGCCCGGCAGCUGUGCUUCCGUGGUGCACUGAGAAUUAUGUGAGGAUUCAAACGUGUGACAAAGUGGACGUGCACUCUUACUUGGAUGCCCACAGAGUCACCAUGCACGCCCUCUUCCACCAGCUAUCUGUACACAAUGGCAGAUACAUCCUCCGUCAGCUGAACAGGCAUUCAGCCCUCCUAGAAGCAGUGAUGGGCCUCGGUGAGCUGCUAGCCGUGUCGCACCAGCAGCUUACGAGGCUCGGCCUCCUCGCAGAAGCUGCGACGGACUCUGACUCGGGCACCGGGGCGGGACCGGACGCACAGUUGAGGCUGCUCGUAGCUCUGCACACACUGCCCCGACUGGCGCACGCAUUGGCGACCGACGUCUGGAGAGCGGAGGGUGUCAACUCCACGUGGAACGGCGUCAGCUCAACAAUCAGAGGUGUGAGACCACCACGUGAUGUAGCAGAGUCUUGGGAAUAUGUCCAAGAUAAGAAGGUGGCCUUGAAUCAGCCAUAUCUUGGUACAGCUGCUGGGAUAAUUCUGCAGUUCCAGUUAUUUGAAAAGCUGCUCAAUGACAAUAUACAUGAUCCACAGAAUCCUGUUGACAUCAUAAAGAAAGAUGGCUUGCUAAGGAAGGUAAUGGUAGCAGGGCUGUCGGCUCCGUGGCUAGACGUCGUCAACCAGGUUAUGGGCAUAACUGAGCUAGACGUCAAGCCCCUGCUGAGGUAUUUUGAGCCUAUCAGGUCUCUGCUGCUGAGCGACGUGGCUCCUGACACACCUCGCUUAGCAAAAUUUGAGAGGCAGGCUCUGCCACCUGAUGUGGCAGAGGAGAAGCCUACCGAACUGUCGGCAGUUACCGAAGCGGACACGUCUUCGACAACGCAGGCCGUAUCUUCGAGGUCUCAAGAAGUGGAGGGAACGGCAAAACCGGAGGGCGACAGUCCGAAAUCUGGCCCGCUGCCCGGUACGGAACCCAAACCUGACAACGCAGCGGGCAGCCAGGCGAUCCUGAUAGGGAGCUUAUCGCUCAUCGGAAUCGGGUUGGGAACCGGUGCUAUCCUGGCGGGGCGGCACUUCUACCGGAAGAAGAAACAGCGCGAGAGGAGGAACCGCCGGCCCACAUGACAAAAUGGCCUCACCGAGACCAGGGUCUGACGGUCGUGCUCUCUGGUCUCGGUGGGUGGACGUUUCCACGGAGCUGCGUGGGUGGUACCGGAACUGGAACGUCACGGGGCGACCGCUGUCCAGUGUUCCGAGCUGCGUUCGCCGUGCACCGGACUGUGUGCCGGUAACCUUACCGCGUGUACCGCGAGAAAAUGUGAGCCCACUUUUUGGCUCUUGUGAUCUUGUGUUCUUGUCUGUGAUAUCGCUUUUAAUGAAAUGAUAUUUAACUGUGUAAGGAUUCUCACAAAUUUCUGUGCUUUUGAGAGAUUCGAGGUUGAUAUCAUUUAUGGGAGGACCAAACUUGAACUCUUGCCUUUGCAAUGUGGUAUACGCAUUAUGUUGUUGAAUUUCUGUGAAAUGAGGGCAGAACUGCUUUGCGUGCAUUGUUCAGGUGUUGCUAUUGCUGGAACACAUGUAACAGUAAACUGGUACUAGUGGGUGUUUGUGUGCAAAGUUAACUGUAAAUUGUACAUCACAAAAAGAGAAAUAGAAAUAUGUUGUAAUGAGUGAUGCAUCACAUCUUGAAAUGAGAAUAUAUAGCAGUUUAUUUGCAACACAAUGUGUACAUUAUGUUGUUGAAUGUCUGUUAAAUAAGAAUGAAAUUUAUAAAUUGGUGUGUGUGUGUGUGUGUGUGUGUGUGUGUGUGUGUUGUUUGCGUUGCCAUUGCUGAAAUACGUGUAAAAGGUUUUUAGUUACUAGCAUGCAUAGUUGAUUAUACAAAGUUUAUAAGAAGCAGAGAAAAAGAAAUAUGUUGUAUAUGAAUGGCACACGACAUCUUAAAAUGAGAAAUGUGACUGUUAUAUUUUGUACCCAUUUUUGAAAUUUUCAUGUAACUUUCACUGUAUUCAACUGUAAAAGUCUGACUGCCAAAUUAUAUCUUUUAAGGUGAACAGUGAGUGUAAUAUGUCUGUAUCAAAACUCUUGUCUGUACUUUCAGCAUUGAUACAUCUGUAAUUUUACCAACAAUUCGGUAACUUCUUCUCAAGCACUAGAGUCCAGUUCAGGAUUGGUGCAAAUUGGAAGAGUUCAGGCAAUCUGCAUUAUGCAUUUGACCAAUGUCAAUAAUGUUGUUCAUUUCUGAUGUUUAAUUUGCAGCAGUAAGUGCCAUUAUUAACAGUGUCACUAAGGGAUUUUGUAUUUUGAUUUUACAAAUAUUUAAGCAACCAUUACUACAGAGCCACUUCUCUACAUCUAUGAGUAUUGAUGGGGAUAAUGAAAUGAAAACUGAUACUUGGUGCGACUUGGUAAGUGUCAUCACAAAACAUAUUACAUGACAGGAUAGCGAAUUGGUAUUAAAUUUCAAAUGGCAAACUCAAAUUUCCCCUGCAGUCUAGAGGGCCACAUGUUAAAUGUCAUGCUACCUGUUUAAACUAUGCUGAAUGAUAGCAUUUCAUAGUCUGGCUUGGCUGAUAGCAGAAGGUCUCAAUCAUGUUAUCAAAGACUAAAUAUGUAGCACCUAAUCCCUGGGUCAGACCAUAUCCCCUCAAUGGUGCGAAAUCGUUAACUUCCUUCACUCCAUCUUGGACUAAAUUUCCACAAAAUGAACAUGGAAUUUAUCUGAAGAAUUUAGAAACAAUAUUACACACUGUUAAUAACACUUCACUUUUGAGCACACACAAUAACAAAAAGCAAUGGAGAAAUCAGAAAAGAAUAAAUCCUCACUAGUUUGAUAGGCAACCCUCCCCACCCAACACACACACACACACACACACACACACACACACACACACACACACACAGAGAGAGAGAGAGAGAGAGAGAGAGAGAGAGAGAGAGCGUGUGUUAAAAUACAUAUAACGAAUUUGUCUUGUAAUUACAAUAAGCUGUGCUUCAACUAUUGUGAGAAGAAAUUGUGCAAUGAGCAGAGUGCAUUAAUAAAUGCUCACAAUGAUAUGUCA